AUGGAGUUCCCCAGUCCAGGCCGAGUGGGCAAAACACCAGAGAGUGACGGCGCUGCCGCCAGAGACGACUUGCCGAGCCAGGGCCCGCACCUUCUGGCCUUUGCCAGUCGCCUUGGUCCCGCCCCUCCACUUCCGCCUUUGCCACCAAAGCUGGAAGCUGGAAGCUCCAGAGGAGGUUCUGAGGCUGAGGAAGAGUUGGAUGACUUCACUCCAGAGGAGCGGCGCCUGGAGCAAGAGUCUGAAGAGGCUCUGAAGCAGUUGGAGGCCUUGAACGCCGCAGUGGAAGCCCUGCGAAUGAAGCUUGAAGUUGCCAAAGACGACGCGGAGUGUUCGGCGGCCCAGCUGCUGCAGCUGAACUCGGCUGCCGACAGCUGGGCUAAGGCGGCGGAGGAGAGCCGACAGGAGCUGAAAGACCGGGAGCUCCGCUUGCAGGAGUUGCUGGCCGUUCUGCCAGCUGAAGAUCCUCCGGUUGAGACCGAGGAGUCAGACAAGCACCUACCGGGUGAAAGGCCGCCGCGGGUCCUGCAGCAGCAGACGGAUCGGCUGCAAGAGCAGGUGGAAGCGCAGCAGUCUUUGUUGCUGCAACGCUUGGAGGAGCGCAGAGCUUUGGAAGCUCAGGUGGAGGUCCUCUGCAAGGAGAGAGAUGAGCAGAAGGCCGUGCAGCAAAAGGCCAGAGCUGCCUGUCGUGCUGCAGAGAGCCAAAUGAAAGUCAAAGAGGAGGCGCUGUCGGCCUUUGCGCGGCAGCGGAAGGAUUUGGAAUGGCAGUCCUUGCGCCUCAGGGGAGAGGUUCGUGGUCUAAAGGCUCGUUUGGCGGCCGGAGCCUCAGAGGCAUUGAGUGCGAGAGCGCCUCGCCUCCUCACCGUCGUGUUGGCGGCCUUGCCACUGCUGGAGGCUUUGCGGCUGCUGCGCGCCCUGCGACACCAUCAGGUCGAGACGAAUGCCUUCCACUUCACUUGCGUGAUCGCUGCGUGCGGCACUGUGAGCCAUUGGUGGCAAGCCUUGCAACUUCUGCAGAGUGCAGAAGAGCAAGAGGUGGCGCCGACUGCUGUGAGCUGCGCUGGCGUCCUGAGCGUUUGCGAAAAGGCUACAGGUCGGUGGCCAACUUGCUUGGAGAUCUGGAGGAGCAUGCCGAAGUGGCAAGUGAAUCCCAGCCUCAUGGCCUUAAGCUCAGCGGUCAGUGCGUGUGGCAAGGGACUUCAGUGGGACUUGGCAUUGCAGACCUUUUCCUCUGGGACAGUGCACGAUGUGGUGAGCUACAGCUCCAUGAUCAGUGCCUGCGGAGAGUCUGGCCGGUAG